GAUGUAUGCUGGCCAGGGUGAUGGAGCUGGAGGAGGUGUUCGGAUCUGCAAGGAAUCGAGAGGGUCUGCACGGGAUCGAAAGGGAGGGGCGUUCGGAUCUGCAAGGAAUCGAGAGGGUAACGCCGAGACUGGUUUUUGGUCGAUAUCGAAAAAAAAAAGCAAAGCAGCAACGACAGUGCAAGAUCGUCCUCGCUCCGAUUUUUGGAACAAGCUUGCAGCUCCAGUUGCGGUCAUGAAAAAAGCAUGUGGUUAGGGAUACGUGGAGUUUGGAGAACUGGAGCGUAUACGAGGUCUAGGUACUAGACGACUAACAAACGACUAACAAACAGGGGAGACAAGCUCCUGGUGGAGGCAAGUGAACGUCGGUGGAGAACAAGGGGCCAAGGAAGGAUGAUAGAAGAAAUCACGCACUACACACUACUCACCAGGCAUAUUGGGCAAUCUACUUCUGCUGGGCAUUGUUUAUGUGAAAUGUGAAACAAUCCUAUAAGAAAAAGGCGAGC